UCCAGAGUCUAUCGGAAAUUUUUAUUUUUCAGGCUCCGUGCUCGGUUAUUGGAUCAUAGUGUGAAAACAGACUAGUAAGAUGGACGUUUUGUCACCACAGAGGAGAAAAUGUGGAACCACGGAGCCGAGCCAAAGCAGCCUCCUACUGUUCCUUCACCUGUCUGGUGGUCCAGUCUCUCACCAUGAAUACAAGUAGAAACUGCACCGCGGUGGGGAAUGGUGAGGGUCUGGCUGCCCUGGAGUCAGUCUCCAUCGUGACCAUCACGCUCCUCGCCUGCCUGGGGAACCUCUUGAUUGUGGCCACCCUAUAUCGCAGGCCUUAUCUGCUCACACCCAGCAACAAGUUUGUGUUCAGCCUGACCCUGUCCAACCUGCUGCUGUCCAUGUUGGUGCUGCCGUUCGUGGCUGUGAGCUCGGCAAAGAGAGAGUGGGUGUUUGGGGUGGUGUGGUGCAACUUCACCGCCCUGCUCUACCUGCUCAUCAGCUCUGCUAGCAUGCUCACCCUCGGAGCUAUAGCAAUUGACAGGUACUACGCAGUACUCUAUCCAAUGAUCUACCCCAUGAAGAUCACAGGAAAUCGGGCAGUCGUGGUCAUCGCCUAUGUGUGGUUACACUCCCUGGUGGGCUGUCUGCCUCCUCUGUUCGGCUGGUCCUCCUUCGAGUUCGACUGCUUCAAGUGGACCUGUGUUGCGUCUUGGCACAGAGAGCCGAGUUACACGGCCUUCUGGGUUACCUGGUGCAUCCUUCCCCCUUUCUUCAUCAUGCUGGCCUGUUACGGUGUCAUUUUCCGUGUUGCUCGCAUGAAAGCUCGUAAAGUACACUGUGGAACUGUCGUCGUGGCUCAGGACGACUCCACUGGAGCUCAGAGGAAUGGACGAAAGAACUCAAGCACCUCAACGUCCUCGAAUGGAAGCCGACGGAGCCUUGUGUACGCAGGGAGCCAGUGCAAGGCCUUCGUCACCAUCUUAGUGGUGAUAGGCACCUUCCUCAUGACGUGGGGGCCGUAUGUCGGUGUAGUUUGCACUGAGGCUUUGUGGGGACAGGGGAGUGUUUCUCAGGGGCUGGAGACUCUAGUAGCAUGGCUUUCUUUCUGCAGUGCUGUUUGCCAUCCACUUAUCUAUGGUCUGUGGAAUAAGACGGUGAGGAAGGAGCUGCUGGGGAUGUGCUUUGGAGACCGCUACUACAGAGAGUCAUUUGCCACUCGGCAAAGGACAUCUCGGCUCUUCAGCAUCUCUAACAGAAUCACAGACUUGGGUAUGUCCCCACAUCUGACUGCCAUGCUGGUAGGUGGAGGGCAUCUGUUGGCCCCUGGGAGCAGCACAGGAGAUACUGGCUUCAGUUUCACUCAGGACUCAUGCACAGACGUGAUGCUACUGGAUAACUUCUCCAGUGACGGCUCCUCCCACCCACAGCAGCAUGGGAAUCUGUCCGGGAAGAGGAGGAGCUCAGUCACCUUUGAAGACCAGGUGGAGCAUUCCAAAGCUGAAAACACCAACACAUCCUCGGUCCAAGUCCACGCAGAGGUACACAAAUCUCUCGACACUUUUGCCUCCUGCCUGGCGAAAGCUAUAGAGAGUGACGCUAAGCUCACUCUGUUUGGGGAGGGUCUGGCUCUGCCGGGGGGACUGUUCACGACGAGGGCCGCGCCGAGACCCAGAUACCUGGACGGUCAGAGACUGAGGCUGGAGAGUAUCGAUGAAGGGAUUGUCAAGGAUGACAGAGAUGAAGAAGAGCAGGAUGUGGAGGAGAAACCAGCCUGAACACAGCUGGUCAGGUAACUUGUUGGAUUUGCUUAGACCACGCUCAGUUUAUGAUUAGUGAACUGUGAGGGUUUCGCCUGUCAGAGUGAAGCUUGUCCUGCUCUGUGGUACGGAUUAUUAAGUCUUUAUAUACGAAAACCCCAUACUUGAAUUGCUUAGGAAACAGGAGGAGGUACAUAAUUCAUUCCACUAUGUUGGACCACACAAAGUGUACACCAUCAGUGUCUUUGCAAGCUUUUGUAUGGAUUCAUGUAAUCAAAUAGGAAGCUUUAACUACUGUAACCUAAAUGGUGUGAUUGUUGUAGUAAACUGCUCACUACUAUAUAUUAUUGUAAUUGUAUGUAUAACAAGAACACAUGCCUGAUUAGGGCUGGGCAGUAUGAAGGAAUACUGGCAUUUCUAUCUUCCAAAGGACUCACAACACUGUCAGAUCAGAUCCCUUUAAAAUUUCUUCAAAAUCACACUUUUUUCCAGGUGGAAAUGAAGAGCAAAUUAUUGUGCCUGAAUAGAUAGACCUCUUUUCUGGACUGUGUGGGUGUGUACAGACUGUACUCGAGUCAGUCUCAUGGGUACAUUACGACCUCAGGUAAUUCCCAGCAUUGCUUCGUCCUCCUCCAUGAUGAUGCUGCUGCGUUCACAUCACUUGGGGUGUAUGGAAAAGAUUGUGUACCGCCUGCUGACGUUCACAUCACCAGAGCACUCAAGCCUGUUGACACAAACUGGGUGGAAGCAAAGGUCUAAUUAGUCAAGAUAAAUGCAGACUUCUGUGCAGGUGAGCAGGCCUUUAAUUUAAAGAGGAAGGGAGCAGAAAACAGUUGCGAGUCCUUUGGGAGAUAAGGUCCUUUUUGUGACACUGACUGCAGACAGAAAUUUUGUUUACAUACAGAAAACUCAGCCGUUAUCAUUUUAACUGAUGGUCAUCAAAUUGUACAGCUACUUCUCAUUUUUAGCCAGCACUCUCUGUAUUUUAGAAAUCUCCCUGAAGAAAUUGACCAAGAAAAACAUCUUUUUCCACUGAAAACACUGUGACCUGUCACAGCAGGAAAAUAACAGGAGUAAACAAAACAAAUGUGUGACACUCUAAUAGACUGAAGCUGUUGUUUUCCUGCUAUGACAAGUCUAAAUGUUUGCUGCUUAGGUAGAUUGAAAAAGUGUAGGGUUGCAGUGGUUAGUCUCAUUAUCAAUAUACAAAUCAUUUGCAUGAUUAAUUGAUUGUUAAUUAUGUUUAUUAACUGUCAGAAAACAGGGGAAAAUGGCUGUAAUAGUUGUCCCCAGCCCAAGGUGACGUCUUUGAAUGUCUUGUUUUGUCUUAACAACCCAAAAGUAUUCACUUUAUCAUCACAUGUGGCAAAGAAAAGCAUCAGAGCUAGCAAAUAAUUUUCUGUCAAACGACUAAUUGAUUAAUAAACUAACCACUGCAGCUCUACUAAAUUGGCUGUAGGUGUAAAUACACAGGAAUUAACUGUCAUGAGAAACAGGCAGAUUUGGACAAUUAACGUGUGCAUUCGUCAGAGUGAUUACAGUGAUACAGUAGAUCGAUGUAUUGCCCAGCCCCGAGCUUCACCGUACGAACAGAAUCUGUGGGCCAGCUUUUGUAGUAUUAGUAAGGUGCAUAAUGAGUGAGGUGUGUUUAUUAUUGUGUAGAUACCUGCAGUAACCACAGGGAUAUUUCAUGAUUAUCUGCUACAGACGACUGUGCACAUAAAAAGUAAUUGCACUUGAACAUACAGUGUGUACUUGUUUUCACAGAAACCACUCUCAUUUUAUGCCAGAGAAGGUGAUUAUUAGUGUUUGGUCAGUGUUUUCGGAUACCGUCCGAGGCGAAGCAGUGUAAAAGCAGUGAUGCGGUCAAGGCCAAAUGAGGUAACAAGAAAACAGGUUCAUUAAUUAAUGAAAUCCAAAAUUAGUCAUUUUAUCAAUAUUUUAAGAUUGUUAUAUUUAUGCAUUAUUAAAUUAAAUGCAUUAGCAAGAGCCCACAUUUCAUAAUAUUAUGCUCAUAAUGGGCAAUGCAAAGCGACCAUGUCAGAAAUAAAUUACUGUAUGUUGCUUUAUUGGUCUUUGAAAGUCAACUCACUGAAAAAGAAAUUGUGUUCAGAGAGUUCUGUCAUAAGGAAAAAACCUGGUCUUUACAAAACUUACUAUUAAUCAUGAGGUACAUGUGUUUUACCUCAGUCUAUACACUCAAUUUCCUUUACUAUUAUAAAAGAGACAGAUUUAUAAUGAGUAGAGCACAAUUCAGAUGCUUCAGUCUUACCUCGUAUUUUCAUAUUAUGUUUGAACAGGUACUACUUUUGUAAGAAAAAGCUGUACACCUGAGAAGUGAUGUAACCUUUUGAUUUUCAUUUUACAGUAACUAUUAAUACCAAUAUUUACAUUAAAGUUUUGUAUCAAGAUUCUUCUAUUAAAAGUUUUGGGUUUUUUUGUUUACAUAAAAUUUUCUAAACAAAGUGUUGUUCUUGUUAUGUGCUGCUGUGAUUUGAAAAGGUUACCGGGGUAUUUUGGUGAUGAUGACACAGAGGUGGGAGAGUGUGGAUACAGGGCUGCAUGAGGGCGAAAGGUGUAGGAGAGGUGACAUUUAUAGA